AUUGAAGCAUAUUACCUAAUGUAGCAGUGGCAUUGAGUUACACAUACUUUUACAUAGCCUACAUGCAAAACACUUUUUAAACGCAGACAGAGUAGAAGUAUCUUGGCAGAACAUGGCAGUAGUGAAAGCUUGCAAAAUCUUGAUCACUGGAGCUAACCGCGGCUUAGGCUUGGAAAUUGUUAAGCAACUGUCUGAGAACUCUUUUCCUAAACAGCAUAUCUUUGCUACCUGUCGUGACCCAGACGGGCCGAAGUCUGAGGCGUUGAGAGAACUGGUGAAAAAACAUCCAAGUGCUAUAACUAUCAUACGUCUUGAUGCUAAUGAUCCAUCCAGUGUCAAAGAGUCUGCCAAGAAAGUGGGGUCUCUACUGGGAAACAAUGGUUUGAACCUGCUUGUGAAUAAUGCUGGAAUCGUGGCAAAUGGCACCAUUCAGACCACCACUGUUGAAGACAUGAAAAACACCUUCAACACCAACGUGAUAGGACCCUUAUUAAUCAUUAGGGAGUACCUACCAUAUCUACAAAUGGCAGCAAAAGCGAGCGGGACACCAGGAAUGUCCUCUAAUAAAGCAGCUGUCAUCAACAUCUCCUCUGUGGCGGGAUCCAUGACCAGAAUGCCUUCCAUAUACAAGCAUUUUCCAACGUUGCCAUAUGGAGUGAGCAAGGCAGGUUUUAACAUGCUGACUGUGUUAGCUGCUGAAGAGUUUAAGGCGGAUGAGAUCCUCUGCAUGGCCCUUCACCCAGGAUGGGUGAAAACUGAACUGGGUGGAGAUGACGCAACACUUGAAUCAAAAGAAAGUGUGGCUGGGAUGCUGCGUGUCAUUGCCAACCUUACUGAGAUGCAGCAUGGAGGAUUCCUGGACUACACUGGAGAAACUGUGACCUGGUAAACUAGUUCAAGGUCACUUUUUAAUAAAAGGGCAUUCUAAAUCAUAAGCACUUAGGGAUAAGUUAAAGGCCAUAAGAGAUACCUCACUCAAUAAGAAAAACCUCAUGCAAGUUUGAAACAACUUAAGGGUGUGGAAAUUAUGACAGAAUUUUCUUUCUUGUUUUUUUUUUUUUUUUGGGUGAAGUUAAUUUCAGGCCGCAAGGGUUUAUGAGAGACACAAGAUCAUUGUAUACUGUUUGGUAUUUCAUACAAUAAGACACUCAAUAAAGCAGUACUGUCUCUUUUUUA